UUUGUUUCGGGUUCCAGCACUACAGAUGAAGCGAUGGAGCUCUACAGAAAUCUAAAAGGAUCUUUUCAAGAUAUUUCAAUGUCACUCAGGGAUUGGAGCUCAAAUUCUCGAGAAUUUAUGAAGAAAGUUUCUGAUACAUGUAAAGAAGAUAAAGUAAAGGUACUUGGUUUAGAAUGGGACAUUAAGAAAGAUACUCUUCAGUUGAAACCUAACUUGCAAGAGGAAGCAGUCACAAAAAGAGGAAUACUGAAGACUAUUGCAUCAAUCUAUGAUCCAUGUGGUUAUGCCGUGCCCUAUACUCUAUCAUCUAAACUCUUUCUACAAGGACUCUGGAAGGCUGGAGUGUCGUGGGACUCGCCAUUGUCAAGCGAACUAACAGAAGAGUGGAACGUCAUCAGACAGAACUUAGAAGCCAUUAGGGAAGUGUCAGUGAACAGAUGCUACAUGAAGACACCAGUGGGAAAAGGCUACCAACUACACUGUUUCACUGACGCCUCCCUACAGGCUUAUGCAGCAUCAGUCUUUUUAGUUUGCGGCUCGGGGAAAAGCUUCAUCAUUGGUAAAUCCCGUUUAAUACCAAGUAAAGAUCAGGAGAGUCUCAAGAUACCCCGUCUUGAACUAUUAGGAGUACUGAUUGGCAGUAGAUUGAUAAAGUUCGUUCUUAAAUUCUUCCAGCAGAAGAUAGCAAGGCAAGUCUUAUGGACCGACAGCCAGAUAGUCAUAGAAUGGUGUAAAUCUGACAAACUAUUACCACCUUUCGUUGCCAGGAGGAUAGAAGAGAUCAGAACAAAUAAAGAUCUGGAAAUCAGAUACCUUCCAACAGACCUAAAUCCAGCAGACGUAGGCACCAGACCCACCUGUUCGAGAGAGGACGGGGAGAAAUGGCUGAGUGGUCCACAAUUUAUAGUAGAAGAUCCGAAGACGUGGCCAACUACAUCCGGCAGUGGACCCACCAGUUCUCUCUUGACUGGGGAGGGUCUUGGGAUCCAAGAAGAUGAAGAACUGAUGGAAAUAGAUGAUCCAGAUAUACCUAAUGUUAACCCGGUGGAAACGGAAGAUGGCACAACUGCAAAAGAGAUAAUAAAUCAAGAGAAUGGUCAGAUGCCAGACAAUAAGUUUCAAAAAUUGAAAGAAAUUCAAUCAGAGUAUUUUCCUCUAGAAGUAGAGGGAAAAGUAACUAGUUUAAGUUUGAAUUUAGGCAUAUUUAAAGAUAUAGAUGAGUUACUGAGGUGCAAAGGUCGUAUGAAACACACAAACUGGUCAUUUGACAAACGCUAUCCUAUACUUAUUCCAAAAAAUUCAGAUUUCACCAACGAAAUUAUAAUAAAGACUCAUCAAGAAAAUAAACAUGUUGGAGUGAGUCACACGUUAGACAAGAUAAGGGAAACAUACUGGAUUCCACAAGGAAGAAGCCAAGUUCAAAGGAUCCUGAAGAAAUGCCCUGAAUGUAUGAGACAUGACGGAGGGCCAUAUAGACUACCGGAAACUCCUGCUUUACCGAAAGAGAGAGUCAACUAUAGUUCUCCAUUUACAUACGUUGGUACCGACUACCUGGGACCACUUCUAGUUAACAAUGGGAAUGGCAAUUGCAAAAGGUGGAUUAGCCUAUAUACAUGUUUGGCUGUAAGAGCCAUUCACCUAGAAGUUGUAAAGGACCUAACAGCGGAAGAAGGUUUAUUGGCCUUACGCAGGAUGAUUUCAGCAAGAGGAGUGCCUAUCUUGAUAACGUCUGACAACGCAGCUCACUUUAAGUUACUCUCGGAGAUUCUUCAGAAUCCAUACUGCGUAGAUAAAGAAAUAAAAUGGAAAUUUAUACCACAGUUAGCACCAUGGCAUGGAGGAUUCUACGAGAGAUUAGUCGGAUUGGUUAAGAACUGUACGAAGAAAACUUUACAGAAACAUUUAUUGAAUGACAGCCAGCUGGUUACAGUGGUUAAAGAAAUAGAAGCGGUUCUUAACACAAGACCUUUAACUUACGUGGACUCGGAGCCUGAUCAUGUAUUAAAACCUUCAGAUUUUCUUACCAUGGGAAAAUGUAUCAUUAUGGAAACGUCAGGAAAGGAUCCUACUACGUCACAAGGAACGGUGACUAAAGACAAUUUAAUUAAAGGUUGGAAGAAAGCACAGAUAAUUCUAAGAGAAUUUAAAGAGAUGUUCGAGAACCGGUAUCUCCUAAAUUUGAGAGAAAGAUAUUCCCACCAUCCUAAAGAACCUAGGGUAAUAUCCAAGUUGGCUCCAAAGAUAGGUCAAAUCGUGCAGAUCAAAGGUGACACGAAGAACAGAGUCAAUUGGAAAGUUGGGAAAAUAGUAUCUUUAAGAAAAGGCGCCGACGGUUUAUGUAGGGUUGCCACGGUACGAGUAGGAGAUACAGAGUAUACAAGAUCUAUCGCGCAUCUCUACCCGUUAGAGAUCGAAGAUGGAGAAGAACAGUGUAAACAAACAUCAUCUUACGACGAAAGCGCAGAAGAACCUCUGCAACUUCCUAAUCUACCCCGUUCGUCACGCAGAGAUGACAUGACGGUGGAUUCCGUCAACGAUGUUGCCGAAUCCGAGUCUCUUUCUGAGCAAAGAUGCACGCAAGCAGUCAGAGAUAAGCCAGAAGAAGAAGUACAACCUUAUGCCUCGCCAGUAGAGGGAAGGAGUUCCUCUCAACGAAUCCUAGAGCCUAUGUAUAGUGAGUCAAACGAGCCUAAGCCUAAGUCUAUGUCCGAACCAGAACCGUUCGCGGUCGUCGACCUCGAAUCUUACGAGCACACUAAGCCAGAAUCACACAACCUGGAGGAGGUUACGCUAGGCAACGAGUCAAGACCUAAGAGAGCCGCAGCUCUUCGAGCCCUUGAGAAGAUCAAAGAAUGGACCAGCAAUCUAGUCGCCCUAUUCCUGCCUGUGUUGGGGAGUGUCGCGACGGACGCGAAAAUCCGAUGCCACAAUACUAAUUCACCUGCGGCAACACCGAACAGCGCCCUCUAUGUGGAACUGUGAUCUCGGGUGUCAUACAUUCAGCCGCCUUAAGAUAAGCGAAGCAGAUUAAGGCUCCUCUGGCCCAGGAGUUGAGGUGCAGAGAGAGUGAGGAUGAAGAGUCCCUUAUGGGAUAUGAAGGUAUGUAUGCGAUGCAUUCUAUUUCCCAAUUAGAUCCCCCCUAAUAUAACAUAUAUAUAAGUUGCCGCCUUUCCCCUCUUUACGGUCUCAUUUAUAUACCGUAGGCGGCUAGGGGAGAGGCGGCCACAUACCGCGACGUUGACGUAGACUCCAUACUCGCACAACUUCACGGCGAUUUCGCAGUUUGGUUCGCGGCAAGAUGGCGCCGAAGCAUCAGCUGAUCGGAUUUAGUUUGCGGCAAGGCACUGAUUCAAACUGGGAACUGUCAAAUUGAUUUUUGGUUGAUCAAGUUCGCACCCAAUAUAACCAAGUAGCCGCCAUAGAAGGUUA